AACAGCGGCAGCGACUCGAUUUGCCCUAGCCGUCGGCCGCGGUCUACCACCACCACCAAGGAUUGAGUUUCAACAGAAUAAGGUGUGCAAUGAAGUCUUAUAAGUUAUCAGAACUUAGUCGUGCCGAGGUAGAAAGCCCCAAGGCUCGUCCCAGGAUAGAUUUCUCUUCUACAUUCGGAAUGGUGAAUCCAAUAAUUGAUGCUGCUCGUGGAAGAGGCGAUGCUGCGGCCAAAGAACAUCCAGAUAGAUUUGGAUGGAGUAAUAUUCUUUCCUAUUCAUCCGUAACUUAUGGUUUCAUUAGUUUAUGGCUCGGAUUAUGGGCUCUAGGCCAUGUGGUACCCACUCUCCAACCCUGCUCUCACAGAAAAUAAUUUUAUUUUUUGAAAUUUUUCGAAUUUAGGGAAUUUAUUAAUUUCAUGGAACAGUAAAAUUAAGGAAACCUUAUUGUAAAGUGUUUGUUUCAUGGAAUCAAUAAAAUAUGAAAAAUGAA